UCGAUUCUCUGUUUUUCAACGGUACGAUGCCAGGGGAAUUUUUGUACCCAGCUUACUAUUUUGGCUUAGACAUGCAGAAGCAUUUUUUUUUCUGUGUGGGACACAUGGGAAUCUCUGUUGUGGCAAUUGCAUUUAUCAUUGCUGCCUGUGAUACUCUGUUCUUCAUUAACGUACAACACGCGUGUGGAAUAUUCGCUGCCAUAGGACUGAAAUUAAUACGCUUGGGAGAGAAUGAAGAAUCAACGGAGUACCAAACGGACACGGAUUUCAGGGACCUGAGAACGUGCAUUGCCAGACACAGCCGUGGGAUUGAGUUCGCGGAACUCAUUGAAUCAACUUACUCGAUAACUUUCUCUCUCAUCACGGUAGUCAAUGUAAUAGGAAUGAGUCUGACGGGAAUUCAGAUUCUUAUAUCGCAAGAUGAUCUACGUGCCACGGUGAAAUGGAUUCUCUAUUUCGGUGUGGAAUUGAUACAUCUCUUUAUGGAAUGUUAUAUUCCACAAAUUUUGAUGGACCACAGUAUAAACAUACGUAACACUACGGGGGAAAAUGGUACAAUAUUUCGUCGAAGUCACAGAAGCUUUUGACUCUCAUGAUGUUGCGCUGUAACAAACCGUGCAAACUGACGAUUAGCAAAAUCUGUAACAUGUCACUACAAACUUUUGUCUCGGUCUGUAGAAAAACCUGGUCAUAUUUCAUGGUUCUCCGAUCUUUCCAAUAAUGAUCGAACAAUGGCAGACAAACGGACACGCAGAUUUGAAUGUUCAAAAGAGUAGUGAUCGCAAAUCAAUAUGUACGA